AUGGGGUAUCCCUUCUCUGCGCCUAUCAGCUAUCCUUUAGCUCCUUGGUCUUUGUUGAAGUGCUCCAAGUGGCAGAAAAACUACCCUAUUGGAUUCAGCAGUUCAGGUGUAACAAUUACAGCAAUUGCAGUUGUCCGACUGUUGGUUAGUUGUUUUACGUGUAAGUUGUUAAGGAUAAAGAGUAAUCGAGAUAUUGAGACCUUCUUAAAAAAUCAAGUCUUGACUCUAAAGAGAUAUAAAUUCUCGGAUGCGAAGAAAAUGACCAACUCUUUCAAAGUUAAGCUAGGACAAGGUGGUUAUGGUGCUGUGUACAAGGGAAAGUUAUGCAAUGGUUCUGAUGUUGCCGUCAUUUUGAAUCAAUCCAAAGGAAAUGGUGAAGAUUUUAUUAACGAGGUAGCUAGCAUUAGUAGAACUUCUCAUGCUAAUGUUGUCACCCUUCUUGGAUUUUGCUUAGAUGGUCACAAAAAAGUUCUUAUCUAUGAGUUUAUGUCUAAUGGUUCACUUGACAAGUUUAUUUACAAAAAAGAACCUAAAAAUACUCCACUCUUGAGUUGGGAUAAUUUGUAUCAAAUUUCCAUAGGGAUUGCUAGAGGAUUGGAGUAUUUGCAUAGAGGAUGCAACAUUCGAAUUUUACAUUUUGACAUAAAACCACAUAACAUCCUUUUGGAUGAAAACUUCUGUCCUAAGAUUUCAGAUUUCGGACUAGCAAAGCUUUGUCCUAGAAAAGAAAGUCAUAUUUCCAUGUCUGAAACCAGAGAAACAAUAGGGUAUAUAGCCCCAGAAGUGUGGAACAGACAUUUUGAUAGAGUUUCACAUAAAUCUGAUGUUUAUAGCUAUGGAAUGAUGCUUCUAGAAAUGGUAGGAAAGAAGGAGAAGAACAUAAUUGCAGAGACAAGUCAAACAAGCGAGAUGUACUUCCCUGAUUGGAUAUACAAAAGUCUUGAACAAGGCACUCAGGUAGGACCUAACGACGAAGAGUUAUCAAUGGAGGAAUAUGAUGUUGUUAAGAAAAUGACAGUGGUGGGUUUAUGGUGCAUUCAACCAAUUCCAAGUGAUAGACCAACAAUGAGUAAAGUUGUAGAAAUGUUGGAAGGCAGUAUGAAUUCCCUGGAAAUUCCACUAAGAGGUCUGUCUUCUCCAAUAAGAGUGGUGAUAGAAUCUUCUACGGUUGUACCGUUGGUAGAAUCUUCUUCUAUUGUAUCGGUUGUAGAAUCUUCUACUGGUGUAGAAUCUUCUAUUGUAUCAAACACACAUUAUAACCUGAAUGUUUUCACUGAAAACAAAAAUGUCAGCUAG